AUGGCACGACCCUUCGACUCCCGAAUCUGGGUCCACCCCUUCAUUCCUGCCCCGGAGACACCGAAGCGUGUAGCGGUUCGAGGAGCCCGGGUCUGCUCCACGGGCAGGGGCAUGCCAGCAGCCUUCCCCGAGAAUCAGGUUCAAGAGGCAGGUUCGCAGAAGAUGCUGCCUUCCCUCCAUGUUUCUGCCUGCACCUCCCCCUUUCAUGGCAGCUGGAUCAGCAGAUUUUGCCGUGGCCUUCGGGGCAGAGGCACCGACGGGAGCGCACUAGGGAUCGCCAAGUCAACGUCUCCGACGAGUUGCGUCGCCAGGGAUUUCCAGCUCCAAGGUCAAGCCGUCUGUGUCAGGGCCUUCGCUGGACGACAAGCUGGAAGCCAAGGGUGCAGCCGAGCUUCAGAAGGCCCGGGCGAUGAGCCCCUUCAGGAUUCCCACCGAGCUGGCCAUUCCGCGGCAGACGGACUCCGCCAAUCAGAAGGAGACCGGGGACCACACAGCCAAGAAAAGUCCGACACCAUGGGGCAGGGAGCAGCCAGCUAUGCCCCCCACCGAGCCCAAGCCCUGCGCCGAGUCUGCUUCGAAUUCAGGAUGAUCGAUGUCCAGAUCAUGUCUUUCGCCUGCAGUUUGACUGCCAGGGACGGGCCGGAAGAUGGAGUGCAUUCGUCCAUGUCCAAACAUCCUGCUGGUCCCGCGGAUCGCGCAAGCCCCCAGAAAUCCACUGCGAGUGGCCUGGAAAGUACGGUGCAAUCGUCCAAAGAUCCUGGUUGUGUAGAGGAUCACGCAAGCCACCAGACAGCAAGCAUUUGGGCCUUUUGCCUUUGCUCGUCAGUUUGCGGCGGCAUUGCUGCAUGGUGUGUGCAGCGUAUGUUCCAAAGAUACCAAGUCGAUCUGGCUCAGUUUAGACAGGUCGAUGUCUUCCUCAUUGGUACCGGUCUUGCAUUUGCUGCUUUCGGAUGGCUGGAUGACCAGGGCACAUCUCCAGACUAUCUUCUGCAUGUGAUCCAGCAGGGCAUGACUGCAGGAGCCGGAGGCUUCUAUUUCAUGGCCAAUCAGCUUCGACAGCGGCCGCGACAGGUGUGA